CGUCGCGAGAAAAAAUUGAAUAAGUUUGUGAACGACCGACCGUUACGGUCCUUCGUUUGCUCUCAGGACAAGAAGUGGACUAGAUUGUGGAAACUGACAAAAACUCGGCGCCAUAUUGCGAUCUUGUGUUUGGUUAGCGUUUUCUGGCGCGUGGUGAAGAAGUUUGUUGUAAUUUAAUUGAUAACGAUGUCCGACAAUCAGGAACAAAAACCCGAAGCCGGUCCAGGCGACGCGAAUUCGGAGUACAUCAAGCUCAAAGUUGUUGGAAAUGACAGCAACGAGAUUCACUUUAGGGUAAAGAUGACCACUCAGAUGGGCAAGCUAAAGAAGUCCUACAGUGAUCGUGUGGGUGUACCUAUGACAUCGCUUAGGUUUCUUUUUGAUGGUAAAAGAAUCAAUGAUGAUGAAACACCAAAGCAGCUGGAAAUGGAAAAUGAUGAUGUCAUUGAAGUUUAUCAAGAACAAACAGGUGGUCGUUAACUAAGUUAAAGGAGGAUCAUUCGUUCUAAUAUUUUAUAAAGUGGAAGUGACUCUAAUAAGAAAAAAAUGGACAAGUUUAUAAGUAUGCAUAUGUACACACCCACAUACGCACACACACACACACACACACACACACACACACACACACACACACACACACACACACACACAUACGUACAUACAUACACAUAUACACACAAUACACACAUACGGAUGAUUAAAUAAGAUGUAAUUUCCUGAUUCUACAUACGAUAUUGUAAAAUGUGUUGUCUUACAUUCCUGUACCGAGGCGAAUCAUUGUCCGAGGUGAUUAGACGACGAAUCCUCGGAUCAUUUUGUAAAACACAUGUACGGGCAAUCACAUGUCAAUAUUACGUACUGUGUGUCCGUUUUUGUAUGUCGUCAGGGCAAUUUUCAGAAAUAGAAUAAUUGAAUUGUGCGCCAUUA